CUCUCACUUUCUCUCACUCCGUCAUCCCGUCUGAACGCCAAAGUUUCAUUAUUUUAUCUCGAGUGAAGCAAGAUAAGAAGUGAAUGACCAGCAGAUAAGACAAGGUAGGUCAGAAGUACCUCACCCAGCAGCACAUCAAGAAUGGCAUCAUCAGUGGCGGGGGGCUUUGGCGGUGGUUCACGGGGGGCGCAUGGGGGGCAGGGGGGCAUCUCUCCCCUGCUGGCAGCGCUGGACUUCUCCGUGCAGUGGGUGCUGUGUGGGGCUGCUGUGUUGCUGAAAACUGAAAAAUUCUACGACUUGGCAGGCUCCGGGACCUUCAUCCUGCUUGCUUAUCUUAACUACAAGAGGAAUGGCACUGGGCAUCCGAGACAGCUGGUGCAGACUGGAUGUGUGUGCGUGUGGGCGCUCAGGCUCGGCUUGUUCCUCUUCACUCGUGUAAUGAAAACGGGGAAAGACAGGAGAUUUAAGGAGGCACUGCAGAAACCUUCCCUAAUGUUCGUCUUUUGGACCAUGCAAGGGGCGUGGGUGCUCGUGACACUGUUGCCAACACUUCUGGGGGUCAAGGCCACCCGCCAACCCCUGGGCCACCGAGACUACCUGGGGUGGGGCCUCUGGGGGGUGGGGUUCCUAUUGGAAGUUGCUGCAGACUACCAGAAGACUGUCUUUAGAAAUGACCCCCAUAAUAAGGAUAAAUUCAUCACCUCUGGCUUGUGGUCUCUUUCCCGUCACCCAAACUACCUGGGGGAGAUAUUUUUGUGGUUUGGCCUUUACAUAAGCUCGUCUGCCUGUCUGUCUGGCUGGGAGCACUUAGCAGUUCUUUGCCCCCUCUUAGACUACCUACUCAUCACUCAAGUGUCUGGAAUCCCUCCGCUUGAGAAAUACGGGGCAGCAAAAUGGGGAAGACUCCAGCAAUACAGGGAUUAUAUAGCAAAUACACCCCGGCUUCUACCGUUCAUGGGGUGAUGUGUGGCAGGGGUGACUGUAAGGGGUGUGUGCUAAUGAGGGUGUCCGGGGGUGAAAGAAUAUUUAACUGGGGGUGACUGGGAGUGACUGGGGGUGACUGUGGGUGACUGGGGAUGACUGGGGUGACUGGGGGGUGAGAAAUGAUAGUUUUGGGGUGAUUAAAGAGAAAAUGAUUGAAUUAAAGGGGUGAUUUUGUUCAGGAAGGGUGACUGGGGUGAAAACUGACCGACUGGGGUGAUUUGAGGUGACUGGGGGUGAGAAAUGAUAGUUUUGGGGUGAUUAAAGAGAAAAUGAUUGAAUUAAAGGGGUGAUUUUGUUCAGGAAGGGUGACUGGGGUGAAAACUGACCGACUGGGGUGACUGGGGGUGAUGACUGACAGACUGACGGAUGACUGGGGUGCAGGAAUGACAAAUUUGGGGUGACUGAUGCAAUACACCCAAGCUAGUGGCAUUGUGGGGUGAUUAAGGGUGAUGGGGUGACUGGCUGACUGACCGAGAGAUGUAUUGACUGGGGUGAGUGACUGGGUGAAGAACGGAAGAUUGGGGUGAAGGGGUGAUGAAAUGAGGGUUUGGGGUGAAAGGUUAGCUAAUUGGGGUGACAAUAUACAGCUCAGGGUAUUAAAUUUAUUGUUUUUUGUAUAUAUAUAUAUAAUUUUUUUUUUUUUUUUUUUUUGUAUUUAAGUAGUUAAUUUAGUUACU